AUGAAAUGGAUGAUAACUGAUAGCAAGAGACUACUGCAUACCCAUCUUUUAUGCAGAUUUUCAAUUAUCCUAAGCAUCUUCAGUCCAUCGUUCUUCUUGGAGAACUUUUCAAUAUUGGAAACACACUUGACAUGGUUGGGCAUCUGUUCUGUUUUUGUAACUGCCGUCAAGCUAGUAUUAUAUUUAGUAGUGAAACCAAAUACAUCCAUUAAAAGAAGUUCAUUAUCAUACAAGAUGACCAGAUUUUUGAAAUGCUGUAUCUAAUUUCUUAUGUGAUUUUUCUUCUUUCACAUAAAUUUUGUUCUACAUGGAGUACCACUCACAGAGUUGGUGUUGGAAACAUUUUCAUUUGCAGUUAUUUUGUCUACUUUUACUACUGUACCUUUUUCAUGUUUGUUAGAACCAAACAUCAAAGCAUGGUUAAGAAUUUUCAGUAGAAAUGGAGUCACCAUUUGGGAUAACAGUCUUCAGAUCAUUACAAUUUCUAGCUCUAUAGGAACAUGGCUUGGGGCCUUUUCUAGUGCACUCAAUUGGGAAAGACUGUCGCAGAUACGGCCCAUCUCCUGUACACUUGGAGUGACUUUUGGCUACAUGGCUGGCCUUGUGAUUUCACCACUGUGGAUACACUGGAAUAAAAAGCAACUUACAUACAAGAACAAUUAA